UAAACCUUGCGGAACCCAUACCGAACCCUGGGAGCCGAAAGCUUGUCGGCAAGAAGACACGAUACGAGUCGAUAAUCAGACGCGACUCAAUAUCGGAGCGAAUCGUCUUAACCACCGGGACUGCUCCGGAAAGCCCUGUAUUUAUUUGCGUUCUGCGACUGGAAGCGUCUCGAUCCUCGUUGUCGCCUGCGUCUUCCCCCGUUCCCCGUAGAGAGAGAGGGAGAGGAUGGAUGAGGAGAAACGGUGGCGGAGGAGAACGGGGGAUGAGGGAUUCAGAGGGAUUGGUGAAGGAGGGGAUGUGGUGGAGGUGGGUGGAUCCGGCGAUCGGUGUUCCAUGAGGAGGGUGGUCAAAAACCACUGCUGGACGGAGGAGGUCGACCCGGGGAAUUUCGUGCGCAAGUGCGAGAAGACGCAGCAGCUCCUUCGCAAAUGCGUCGGAAGGCCCGUGGAAGUGGUGGAGUCGGACACAGAAUACUCUGAAGAGAACGUCACGUACAAUACCAGCAUUGAUUCGUUGCCAUAUGAAUCCUCCAAUCCCGAGCCGUUCACGUUCCCUGGGCUCCGAAGCGACCUCGAGUUUCUUGAGCAGGGGAUCGUUGGUAGCUUCUCACGUUUCAUCGAGGCAGCAGAGGAAAUGAAGAACUACUUCCAAUCACUGAGCGGAUUUUCACGCGACUGGGAGUCCAGGAACCGGUCGACAAAAUCAGCGGAUGGUCCGUUUGAAAUCCCUAUCAGCGAUUCUGAAGAUGCUGGCAAGAGCACCGACGUCUAAGCCAUCCUUUUUCCAUGGGCACGCGGAUUGGGUUGCGGGAACAUCGAAAUCACAUGCGGUUGUGUCAGCCCAUAUAAUGCGUACCUGCUAAAAUUGAUACUAUAUCAGCCGAUUCGCCUUUAUGUGGGCUGAUAUGUUAAGAAAAUAAUAAUAUAUAUAGUUAAGCUUUAAAUGCUAACUUACCGAUUUGGGUUCUAGGACAAGAAGAUAGGAAAGGAUGUUUACAUUACUGUUUUACUCAAAGCUAGCUAGCCGGCUGUCUCUUAAAGAACGUGGACGUGAAAGGCCCGUCGCCUUUUAGUACAAACGUAAUCCGCAUUUGUCAGUGUUUAUUA